UUCCAUUGAUGAAGUGAAACUUCCGAGCUCUUCGUCGAGCUCAAAACCCCCGCCUAAAACCCUAAACCAUGCAGGCUUUUCAACGGAUAACGAAAUCUGCCGCAGUGUCAUCAUCAGCCAGAGCUCAGCUAGUCGCCAUCUGCUGCUCUUCUGGUCGUGCCGUCUUCAGUUUCGCCGCCCGAUCGCUGUCCACCUCCAGGAACGGCGACGAUGAGUGGAACGAUGUCUGGGAGUCGGCGUGGCUGCCGGACGACCUGUCUCCGUCGAAGAGCAGGGCGCCGUGGGAGGCCGACGUGAACUUCCCAUCUCCGGAGACGCCUGCGGUGGUCCUGCCGUCGGAUGCCGACGCGGCGACCAAGGCGUUCGUGGAGGAGAUGAACGAGAACUGGGACGAGAGGAGGGGCUCGGGGAAGGACCGAAAGCGGCUGGAGAACCAGCAGCAGGAGAGUGGGGAUUCUUUGUACAGUAUGGAGAAUAUGAAGAAGGAUUACAGGCUGAGGAAGCAGAGGAUACACGCGGGGCUGUGGAUGAAGGAGAUUGAUAAGCAGGAGGAGGCCAAGUUUAAUGAUUCGGUUGCGGGUGACGAUAUCGAGAAAUUGCUCGAUAGCUGCUCUGAUAUCUUUGACUCUCCAAGCAAUGUGUUGGAAAACAUGGACAUGGCAAGCUCCACUGAGUUCAAGAACAAACCCGAUGGUUGGGAGACGACCUCCAAGUCUCAGGAUGGGAAUGUGUGGGAGAUGACGCAGAGGGAGGAAGACAUUCUGCUUCAAGAGUUUGAGCGCCGCAUUGCUUAUAGCAAAUUUCAGAUAGCUAGUUUUAUCAAAAGCCAUAUAUUCAGUCGGCGAAGGCCCAUUGAUGGGUGGAAAUAUAUGGUUGAGGUCAUAGGUCCCAAUGCCCAGAAAGGGAAGGGGAGCGCCCCGAGAGUUCCGAGCCUGGCGGAUCCAUCCACUCAGCCCUUCAAGGAGGAAAGAAUACCGAUAGCAAGCAGUACCCGAACUUCGUAUAAGGGAAGAUAGGUCCAUGCGUCGCUGCUGUAAAAAUCCAUAAAAAAAUAUCGUUCCUCUGAAAAAAAAUUGGGCAGUAAUAACCACCUGUGCUGUUUGUUCGAAAUGUUUCUUGUCGAUAGUUAAGUGAAAAGAAUGGCACUGGACUGCAACCCUCGAAAA